AUGAUAGUGCACCACCACAACAUAAAGUUUCCGCGUUGCGAAUCGACAGGCCGCAAACAAAAUGAGUCCGCGGGUGUACGCGAUUGAGAUCAAGAUGGCGAAGGUGAGAGAGUAGAAAAGCCUCCACUGCAUGACUAAUUGUCCACUAGAUUUGAAUACUGGAAGAAAAAAUGGCAGUACUGUCGAUGGAAUCACUGCCUCUGGGAUUUAGAUUCAGGCCAACUGACGAAGAGCUCAUCAACCACUACCUGAGGCUCAAGAUUAACGGCCGCAGCUCUGAGGUCGAAGUCAUCCCCGAAGUCGAUGUUUGCAAAUGGGAGCCCUGGGAUUUGCCUGGGCUGUCUGUUAUAAAGACGGAUGAUCCGGAAUGGUUCUUCUUCUGCCCACGUGACCGGAAGUAUCCUAACGGCCAACGUUCCAAUCGGGCUACGGACGCCGGUUACUGGAAAGCAACUGGUAAGGAUCGCACCAUCAGAGCUCGAAAGUCAGGCUCCAAUCCCACCUUCAUUGGCAUGAAAAAGACCUUGGUUUUUUAUAGAGGCCGUGCUCCGAAAGGCGAGCGCACAAACUGGAUUAUGCAUGAGUAUCGGGCUACCCUUAAAGAUCUUGAUGGUUCUGCCCCUGGCCAGGGUGCUUUUGUCCUCUGUCGCUUGUUCCGAAAGCCAGAAGAGAAGACUGAAAUUGUAAAAUAUGAUGAAGUAGACCAAACUGGAUAUUCUCCUACCACUUCUAAGUCCUCUCCUGAUGACAACACAUCGGAUCUAGUUCAAGAAUCAGCAACAUCUGCCAUACAAGCAAGAAAACCAUCUGAAGGUAUGGCAAGGUGGCUGAUAGAUGAGACAGAUAACAUGAACACCCCUAGUGCUGUGUUACCUGUUGAUAGCUCCUACAAUAGUCAUUCAGAUGUUGAAGAUCAUGCAGCAGAGAUGACAGCUAUGGUACAUCCACCGGUAGAAGAAAAUUCUCAUCUAUUUGUGCCCACAUCUGGCGAAAUUGAUUGCAAAGUGUUCUCGCCAAUGCAACCACAUAUUCCUGUAGACCUAGCACACUACAUGGAUUCUCCUUAUUCCGACUUUGGCAAUGAUCAUAAUGGUUUCCAUUUUCAGGAUGGCACUAGUGAACCUGAUGUCUCCUUAACAGAGUUGUUGGGUGAGGUCUUCAAUAACAAUGAUGAAUAUUCUGCUGAAGAGUCAACCAACCAAAAGAAAUCUGCUGUUGGAAGUGAGAUAAAUUUGUGUGGUCGUAUAAUGCCAGUUAACUUCCAUGUUAAGGAUAAUGGCUCAUACAGUGAAGCUGCAACAGAAAUGGCUCAAGUACAGAUGCAAGCUUCAUUUGGAUCUUGGAGAGCUCAAGCAUCAUCCUUCAAUGGACAACUUGGAAGUAGAAAUGUGGGUGACCUCGCAAAUCCUGUUAGGCAUGAUGCUUCAUCUGCCAUUUCUGCAGUGGGCUCAUCUUUUGGUAUAUUCAAUAGUAUGGAUGAAUCAAGCAAGCAGAUGAAUUCUUUGAACCAUGGUAGUGCUGUCAGUGGUACUGGAAUCAAGAUUAGAACCCGCCAGCCUCAGGUGCGCCCAUAUGCAGAUAACUUUGCCAUUCAAGGCACUGCUCCAAGAAGACUCCGUUUGCAGAUGAAACUUUCUGCUGUUUCUUAUGGACAUGGAGUGGAGAGAGAUGCAAGUCAUAAAGAAGAUGAGGAUGAAGAUGAAGUGCAAUCAGCUGUAUCAGAGGCCAGAGAUGCAAAACAUAAUCCAGAGUCAGAUAAGUUGCUGACAGAAAGCCAAUUGCACGAUUCUGACAAUAGCAUAGAAACUGCCAAGGAAUCUUCUUCAAAUUUGAGGCUAAGGGUGAAACAAGGUGGUAAAUCUGGCGAGAUAGGAUCAUCAGCAUUUCUUGAUGCAGUGCCUGCAAUGCAUGGUCGCAGCUCGCCGUCAGUUUAUAUUGUGGGAGUUGUGGUAGUUAUCAUCUUGUUAAUAGUUCUUGCUGGAAUUUGGAUAUUCCUGUAACGGCAUAGAAUCCUAACUUGACAAGGAGAUGGUAGUUUUAUAGACUGCAUUCAAAUCCUUAAUCAUCUGUAACUUGGAGGGAGCAUCAGUGUUUGGAUGACUUUUUUCUGUGAUGUGUAGCUGAUUUUAGUUUAUUUUGUACAAUAUAUUUAAGUGAUGUGUUUAUUA